CGCAGCCGGCGGCUGGGCCAUGGCUGCCCUCCUGCGAACUGUGCUGAGGUUGCAGGGGCCAGGACCAGCUGCAUGGGGAAGGCCUCUCCAUGGGCUCUGGUACUUCAGUAGGCAAGAGCAUUCCAAGAGGUGGGUAGGGAGCAGGUCGCCCACCUCAAAGGACAAACCACCAGGCACAGAGACUGAGAAAUUCCACAUGGUCUACCGUUUUGAUGCCAUCAGGGCCUUUGGGUUCUUGUCUCGGCUAAAGGUGGCACAGACUGCCCUGACAGUGGUGGCCUGGCCACCGGGCUUCUACUUGUACUCCCAGGGCCUCAUAACUUUCAACUCUCUGUGCUUCAUGAGUGGAUUGGCUAGCUUUGCCCUGGCCAUGCUGUGCUGGAUGAGCUAUUUCUUCCGGAGACUAGUGGGCAUCCUGUAUGUGAACGAUUCUGGCACCAUACUGCGAGUAGCUCACCUGAACUUCUGGGGCUGGCGGCGGGAUACGUACUGUCUUGUGGCUGAAGUGAUACCCCUGACAGACACUGAGGAAUGGUCACAGGAUCUAUUCGUGCGUAUCAAGCAGUACAAUGGGAAGCAGACAUUCUACCUCACUCUGCGCUAUGGACGGAUCCUGGACACAGAGCGUUUCACAAAGGUGUUUGGUUUGCUGGGCAGGUCCAGGUGAACUACUGGAAGCUGGGCCUCUUGGUUGCUCUGGGCCACUUGGAUCUCUUGACAGGGAGGCCAAGGGUAUGGGCUAGGCUAAAGGAGGAGAUCAAAUUCCUGGAAAGUUGGCCAUGGCGCCUAGGAACUUGUUUUCAUGGAUGAAGCAAUUUAUGAGGCAGAGCUGGUAAUCAGGUUUAGGGAAAAGACUUCUCAUGCAAAUUCCUACUGUGCUUGUAUAUGACAUUCAGUCAGAUAAUGGCCAGAAGUUUCUUCUAAGAGCCAGUUCUUAGAAGAAGCUUUGCCAAAACCACCCAGACUGUUCACUGAUGUGAAAUUGGAAGACAGAAGUGUGGUGGGGGGGCAUGGUGUAAGAUUUGUCAGCUCUUCAGCCCCCUGUCCUGGGGCAGGUUACUGAGGAUGACUGAACCUAGGUUUUCACAUCUGUAAAGUGGAAAGGGCUGUCUCACAGGAUGGGUAUGAGAAUCAAAAAUAAAUGUCAAGUGUGUUGCAAGCUCA